AUGUCGAGAGGUAUAGCAAAGGUAUUUCUCAGGAAGUUUGGAAGAGUGCACGAGCUGCAACAAUCUAACCCGGAAGUCGGAGAAGUACUCCAGAUAACCGAAGAGGAAAUUCAUCCUAAUUUAGCUAAGAACAGUGUUGGGCUUGGAGGGAGAUCAAAGGAGACAAUUAAUAGAAAGAGGGACGAAUUAGCGAUAUGUCUGAAUACUCAUGGAUCUGGAGCUACAAAAAAUGAACAAUGCUGGAGAAGGGUGAGUAUGUUACAAUUUUUUAUUCAUCCUUUUGUCAUCGCUAAUUCAUAAUUUGUAUGCUAUGUUCAUUAUUCUGUUGUAUCCCUCUUUUCAUUAGAUAAAUUCAA